AUGGACAGCACGAUAGCACAGCAGCAGUCGUUCGACCACCUCCAAUUUCCCCAGACCGGCCUUGACAUGUGCCUAGGUAGUCAAGCCGGCCGGAACCAAGCAUCACCGCUAACACCUCGACAGAGCCCGCAACAGGUAUCACCACUUUCAUACUACGACCCUCAGGCCGACUUCAGCGCCGACUCGGCGCCCUCACGGGGCUCUCCCAUCUCUCCCAUCUUUGGCAACGCCUUUCAGCUGCCCAUCGACUCUGACUGGCCCGCCUACCUCGACAAGAGCGGCAUGUCUCCCGAUCUCGACAUCUACUACGGCGAGUCCUUUGGCGGUUCUCAGGCCUUUGUCGACGCGCAGAACCCCACGCUCAGCCCAGUCGCCAACCCCUUGGAUCUCAUGUCCGAAAGCGUGGCCUUUGGCGGUGAUCUCAACGAUGUCCAGCCCCUUUUCCAGUCGGCUCCCGCCCCAACAACACUGCCCAUCGCCAACCCGCCAGUGCCCGCCACGUCCCGGAUAACGCGGUUGACGGAAUCUCGGCCCCAGUCUCAGUCCUCGACCACACCGACGGCACCCGCGGCACAGGUCCAGACCCGCAGCCAGCAGCGCGCCGCCCAACGCGCGCCCGCCCGCCGCCCCGCCGAUCUCAAGCGCAAAUCGUCGACCUGCGACGACUCGGCCUCGUCCCGCUCGACGUCGCCGGAGCCCCCGGCACGCCGCACCAAGCACGCCGGCGCCGCCGACCCGAGCAAGAAUCCGCACAACCUCAUCGAGAAGCGCUACCGCGUCAACAUCAACGAGAAGAUCCUCGCCCUGCGCGACGCCGUGCCCGCGCUGCGCUGCGCCAUGCAGCUCCAGCAGCCCGGGGCCGAGGCCGCCGACCACGACGACGACGCCGCCGUCGCCGAGGAGCUCGGCGGCCUCGUGCCCGCGCGCUAA